AUGGAAUACCUAAGUAGGCUGCUCAAAGGACUUAAAGAAAAGGAAGCUUUCAAAUAUCAUCCUAAAUGCUCAAAGUUGGCCAUUACUCAUUUAUGUUUUGCAGAUGAUCUUCUUUUGUUUUCAAGAGGAGAUUUUGAAUCCAUCAAGAUGCUGCAAAGAUGCUUUUCAGAGUUCUCCCAAGCCUCAGGAUUGCAGGCAAAUCUCACAAAAAGUUCAAUAUACUAUGGUGGAGUUCAAAUGGAGGUAAAGCAGAAAAUUAUGCAUCAGCUUGGUUAUACAAUGGAGGAACUACCUUUCAAAUACUUGGAAGUGCCUCUCUCAACAAAGAAGCUGACCAUAAUACAGUGGUAUCCCCUCAUAGAUAAGAUCAUGUUUUACUGGGCUCAACUAUUUAUCAUUCCUGCAAAGAUAAUAAAACUGAUUGAAGGACUAUGCAGAAGCUACUUAUGGUCAGGGGUAGGAUAUGUUCCAAAAAAGGCAUUGAUAGCAUGGGUGAAAGUGUGUUGUCCUAAAAGUGAAGGAGGCAUAGGACUAAUCAAUAUGAAAGUGUGGAAUAAAGCUGCAAUUGCUAAACUAUGUUGGGAUUUAGCUAAAAAGGAAGAUAAACUUUGGAUUAAAUGGAUACAUACAUAUUAUAUAAAAGGGCAAAGAGAAUGGCAGAGGAGGAAAAAUGCAAGUUGGAUGAUACAAAAAGUUAUGACUGCUGAGCAAAGUGUGGAACAAGUUCAGCAAUUGCAAAAGAAGAAUAAGGGGAGAAUAUUGGGGAGACUGCUAAGGUGGAUAGAGAAACAAACUAAUGUUCCAAUGACAUGGGUGCAAUUUAUAAAGUGGUACAUACUUCAUGGUAAAGGGAACAGAUCAGCUGCACAAAUGUUCAAGAUUAUACUGGCUGAACGAAUCUAUGGACUGUGGAUGGAAAGAAAUAGUCGAAUUUUUGAACACAAGGGUAGAAAUGAGGAUCAACUUGUUAAAGAGAUAGCCUAUAUAACUAUUGCUAUAACAUCUUCUUGA